AUGUCUAGAAAAUUAUCACUGCUUAAAAAUAAGAGUGCAAUGAUCUAUAAAGUUGCAUGUGCUUUUAUUACUUUGUUACAAGUUGUUUCAGUGGUGUCAAUCCAUGCCAAAUUAACCAGAGUUAGUUUUGAGCCACAAAGCAGAUAUUACAACAUAACUGUAUCUAUCAACAAAUCUUGGGAAUUACAUUGUUUUACGCUUGUAAGACACACUUUAAGCUAUGAAGAUAAAAAAAAUCACUUAGACUCAACAAAGUUUGAGAUCAAUGGAUCUCGAAAACAUUUCACACUUCAUUUACACAAAAACAGGUAUCUACUUCCAUCCGCAUUUGUGGUGAUAAGCCAACUAGAUAAUGGUACCGAUCAUAUCGAGAAGGCCAUUGAACAAUGUUAUUAUCAUGGUCACCUUGGCAACCCUGAAAGAACAGCAGUAGCAGUGGACACAUGCAAUGGUUUAAAGGGAAUAAUUCAAGAUGACAAUGGAGAGGAAUAUUUCAUAGAGCCUCAUGUCCUUUACAAGACAAGUUCUGAGUAUCACAAUAAGCAUGUGCUGUAUAAAACAAAAGAUCUAAAGAUUAAAAAACAGGGCAUGUGUGGAAAUAACCUUACUGCAGAUGCAUACUUCAAAGAAAUAAACACAAAAAACUACAUUCAUCUUCCGACCAUUUAAGGAGGAGAAGAGCUACUGGAGACAAGAAAUAUAUUGAAGUUAUAGUUGUUCUUGACAAAAGAUCGUUCGAUAAAAGGAAAACAGUUCAAGCUGCGACAGCCAGAGGUGUGGAAGUGAUGAAUUUUGUUGAUUUGGUAAAUUUUGGAUUCUCAUCAUUUCAGGUGAUACGUUGAGAGAGUUUCAAAAAUAUUCUGCUGAUGUUAUACACGGAAGGUUAAAUUUAAGUCCAGAUAACAUGCAAUUAUUAAGUUAAUUGACUUGGCUUAAUUUUUCUUGAAUUGUUCCACUGUCAUUCAGUUUGGUUGAUUCUUGGAGUUUCGUCCAAGGUUACAUGGCUUUGUUUAUCUGGAGUAUGUUUUAUAACUUUUAAAACUUAGUAUAAUACUUUGGAAAAAAUAAUAAAUAUGACAGUAGAAGAUUAUUCCAGUAUACCUUUCACUAAAACGGGAGCUUCAAAUUUUUAUUUUUGAACAAUUUCAUGUUAUUAUUGUUGUUCGGUCCCAGCCCAUCAGUACAAACCGGUUCCGUAAAAAAACACUCAGGAACUACAUAUUUCUUCAAGAUUUUAUGAAUUACCUUGAUCAAAUAUUAAAAAAAAACAUUUGGGUUACAUUCCCCUUUAAUAAGUGUAUUGAUUUUUGAUUUUUUAAUCAACAUGUACAUUUUGAUAGACCACUAAUUCACACAGCUAGUUUCUUGGAAAAUUCUGAAAAAAAUUUAUUCUUCAGUAAAUCUUUGUCUAUCAGCAUUCUUGUUGGGAAGUGUGUUCCCGAAAAGUAUCCUGCUAACGUGUUGAUUUAAUGAAAAUUCUUCUGCAUGAUUUUGCUCUGCUUCCUUUUUAGUAAAGUAUUCCGGGUUUUUUUUGCCGCGUAAUAAUUUUAUGGCUUUGUUUUUGAUUAUGUUUGUUC